CAUAUAUCCUUCAACAAUCCUUUAGUAAAGUCUUCUCGACCAUGGGUCAACCGGAUUUGAAAUCACUCGUUUAUAAAUACCUUUUGGAGAAUGGUCUCGAAGGCAGUGCUAAAGCCUUGAAGAAAGACGAUCCCAACAUCAAUGCCGAUGCUUCCAUUUCCUUGUCAUCGAUCUUUGAGAAUUAUAUGAGGGAUCAUCCCGAAGAAUCAGCUUCCAACAGUAGCGAUUCGUCCGAUUCCGACAGCAGCAGCGACAGUGAAGAUGAAAAGAGCUCCUCCUCCUCCUCCUCUUCUUCUUCUUCUUCCUCGUCUUCCUCUUCCGAGAGCUCUUCCUCUGAAAGCUCGGAAGAUGAGUCCAGCUCCUCCGAUUCUGAGAGUGAGGAUGAACAAGUGACAGCCAUGGAGGUUGAUAUCAAGGUCCAAGAAUCGUCCAGCAGUGAAUCUUCAAGCAGCGAAUCAUCUAGCUCCGAGAGCAGUGAUUCUUCUGAUUCUUCCAGCUCUGACGAGGAAAGCAGCAAUGAAGAUGAAGACACACCAAUGACCGAAGCCGCCGAGGCCACCAAAGCUGAGGCCGAAAGCAGUGAAUCGUCAAGCUCUGACAGCGAAUCCAGUGAUUCUUCGAGCUCCGAUGAGAGCAGCAGCAGCAGCGAUAGCGAAAGUGACAGUGAGGACGAAUCACCCAAAGAAAAGGAAGCCGAAUCCUCGCCUAGCGCUACAAGCGACGAUAAGAAGGAGGAAUCCUCCAGCAGCAGCUCUUCCUCAUCCGAAUCCGAGUCCGAAUCCGAGUCCGAGUCCGAGUCUGAGGCUGAGACCAAGGCCAAGUCCAAGUCUGAUUCUGACAGCGAUUCCAGCAGCUCUGAUUCUGAAAGCUCCGACAGCGACAGCGAAGAUGAAAAGGAAACCAAAGUCGCAGUGGAAGUGGCUAUGGAAGUAGAUGCCAAGGAAGAAAGCAGUGACAGCAGUAGCGAUAGCGAUAGCGAUAGCGAUAGUGAUAGCAGUAGCAGCUCAAGCGACGAGUCCGAUGAGGAAAAGGAAAAUGAAACGGAAAAGAAAGAAGAUGCCGAAAGCAGCUCCUCAUCGUCCAGCUCAUCAUCUGACGAUGACAGCGAUUCCUCGAGCUCCGACGAAGAGGAAGAAGAAGAAAAGAAAGAAGAAAAAGAAGAGAAGAAGGAAGAAUCCUCCAGUUCAUCUGAUUCCGAUUCUUCCAGCGACGAUUCCGAUUCCGAUUCUUCCAGCGACGAUUCCAGCAGCAGUUCGAGUGACGAAGAGGAAGAAGAAAAGAAGGAAACACCCUUGAAACGUAAAGCAGAAGAGGAACCUGAGAGUAACCAACCCUUAAAGAAGACGAACUCUAGGUGAGUUCGUAGAUAAAUAAAGCAUGUAUAAGAGUAUUAGUAUUUAUCAACCGCCUUGUCACAAUAGCACUCAAGGACCUAAGAAGAAGCAUGAGCGUAAGCCAGGUACUCCUUUUCAGCGCGUCAGACCCGAAGAAGUGGAAUUUGUCGAUGAUCGAUUAAGGGAUAACUCGUACGUCGGUAAAGGUGGCUCGGAUGAGAGAUCUUACGGCUGGAAAGCUCAUCAGGAUCUGAUCAAAGUCCGAGGCGAUCGAUUCCGUGCGGAAAAGAACAAAAAGAAGCGAGGUUCCUACCGAGGCGGAGAAAUCACCUUUGAAAGUCACAGCAUCAAGUUUGACUAA